AUGGCUCAAGCUCAAUGCCCCUUGCCGCCAUUGCUGCUGGUCCUUGCCGCUGUCGUGCUGCUCGUGCCGCGAGCCGCGGGUUACCCAUGGCAGGUAUGCGGCAAGACGGGCAACUUCACGGCCAACAGCACGUACCAGGCCAAUCUCGCCCUGCUCGCCGUCGCCCUGCCCAAGAACAUCUCAUCGUCCCCGGACCUCUUCGCGACCGCCGUCGUCGGCGCCGUCCCGGAGCAGGUCUCGGCGCUCUCGCUCUGCCGCGGGGACGCCAACGCCACGACCUGCUCCGCCUGCCUCGUCACGGCCUUCCAGGACGUCCAGAACAUGUGCUCCUUCGACAGGAGCGCCGCCAUCUACUACGACCCCUGCAUUCUCUACUACUCCGACGACGGCGGCUUCCUCUCCUCCGGCGACAACGUCGCGUCAGCGUCGACGGACCGCAUCAACCUCCGGAACGUCACGUCGGACCCGGCCCGGUUCAACCGCCUCGUCGGCGCGCUGGUGAACGCCACCGCCGACUACGCCGCGUACAACUCGACGCGGCGGUACGCCGCCGGGGAGGCCGACUUCGACCAGGAGUACCCCAAGGUCAAGGUGUACAGCUGGGCGCAGUGCACGCCGGACCUGACGCCGGCGCAGUGCAGGGUAUGCCUCGCCGGCAUCAUCGCCGAGAUGCCGAGGCUGUUCACGGACCGCGUCGGCGGCAGGGUUCUCGGGAUCAGGUGCAGUUACCGGUACGAGGUGUACUCCUUCCUCAACAGCCCGGUGAUGGUCCAGUUGGCGUUGGGAUCCCCAACACCGGCGAUGGGGCCCACGAGUGUCACGCCUGCGGCUGCUGGAGGAGGGAGGAAGUAUAGCGUCCCCGUCUCCGUACUUGUAAUACUGCUGCCGACCAUAGCAGGUUUGCUGGUCAUUAACCUGCUCAUCUGGCUUUGUUUGUGGAGAAGGAGACCACAAACAGGAGGAACCCAAUCAAAUCCCACUCAUUCCACUGAAACAGAAGGCAUGGAGAGCAUAGAAUCGAUGAUCAUUGACAUCUCCACCCUGCGAGCUGCGACGCGGGAUUUCGACGAGAGUAACAAGCUCGGCGAAGGCGGGUUUGGUGCAGUGUACAAAGGUACUCUCCCGGACGGCAAUGAAAUAGCGGUGAAGAGGCUAUCAAGGCAAUCAGCUCAAGGAAUCGGAGAGCUGAAGAAUGAGCUCGCCCUGGUUGCCAAGCUUCAGCACAAGAAUCUCGUCAGUCUAGUAGGCGUCUGCCUGGAACAGCAGGAGAGGUUGCUCGUCUACGAGUUUGUUCCCAACCGCAGCCUUGAUCAGAUACUCUUCGACACUGAGAAGCGUGAACAGCUGGACUGGACAAUGAGGUGCAGCAUCAUACACGGGAUAGCUCGGGGCCUGCAGUACCUGCACGAAGACUCUCAGCUCAAGGUAGUCCACCGUGAUCUCAAAGCGAGCAACAUCUUGCUGGACAUGAACAUGAACCCCAAGAUUUCGGACUUCGGCCUUGCGAGGCUUUUCAGACGAGACCAGACGCAGGGUGUCACCAAUCAUGUCGUUGGUACCUACGGUUACAUGGCGCCGGAGUACGUGAUGCGCGGGAACUACUCCGUCAAGUCAGACGUGUACAGCUUCGGCGUCAUGGUCCUUGAGAUCGUGACGGGAAAGAAGCACAACGUCUGCCGGGACGACGACGCCUGGCGAUCGCGUGAUGAAGACGAUCUCUUGAGCCUCGUAUGGGACCACUGGACGGCCGGGGUGGUGCCGGAGGCGAUCGUAGACCCGUGCCUGGGAAGAAGCUGCUUCUGCCGGAGCGACGUGCUAAGGUGCAUCCAAAUUGGUCUGCUAUGCGUCCAGGAAGACCCGGCAGACCGGCCGGUGAUGUCGUCCGUCGUAAUGAUGCUCGGAAGCGACACGGUCUCCCUUUGGAACCCGUCCAACCCGGCGUUCUACGGCAGGAACAGGGCGCCGGCCACCUCCAGCUAGCACAUCGUCCGGCGAGUAUACCGCGCGCGUGAGAGCAAUAAUGCAAUCAUGCGUACAUACAACUUUAAUAUUAAAAAUAUCUUCAUUUGACACAAAAUAUAAUUUUCGUGAGACGACAAGCCCUUGUGCCCUAUUAAUAUGCUGCUGAAAUUUUAUAUUAUUUUCUCGAGCAUUUUGACAACCUUAAAUGUACAAACUAAAAACUAUAAAGUUGUAAAUAUCAUUGAAACCUACAUCUUUGGUAUAAAAUGUAUCUUCAUUUGACCACA